AUGUCUAAGCGAGGCGAGUAUCCGCUUGAAUCGACGAGAUGUCGCGGAGGAAGUAGUGGCGCGAAGUUUCGCAUUUCUCUUGGUCUUCCAGUGGGCGCCGUCGUCAACUGCGCGGACAAGACGGGAGCGAAGAAUCUGUACAUUAUUGCUGUUUAUGGCAUUAAGGGAAGGCUGAACAGGCUGGCAGCGGCUGGAUGUGGUUGUAUGGUGGUCGCUACGGUGAAGAAAGGAAAGCCGGAGUUGAGGAAGAAAGCUCAACUGCCUACGUUGUGCACACUUGUACAUCAUCUGGCUCUAACGUGGCUCUACGUUAUGCUUGAACAACUUUGUCUUCUAGUCAUGUCGGCUGUUGUCAUACGGCAAUGA